CUUAUUAUCUAUAGCGCCAGUAUAGCUAUAGGUACUUUUACUAUUAAACUCGCCCUUACUAUAAAUAUUCAUCUAAUUAUUACAACUGCCAGCUAUUUAACCCAGCUUAUUUACUUCCUUCUUAAGUUAGAGUGCAGUAAUAGUAUUAUUAAUUAUUAA